GAAGUAGUGUCACAAAGUGCAGACAGAGCAGGUCGAUGCAGAGAUAAUGCUAUUCGUUACUUGGUAAAUAACACUACAUUAACUAGUCACCAGCUCAAGGUACUUAACGGACCCUAAAGUCAUACGCAUUCGCCAGCAGAUAUGUACUUUUUAUCUAAUAUUGAUGGAAACACCACAGCUGUAAGUAGCUAAUACAGCUGUAACGGUUACAGUAAAUUCACUCAGACAACGUGUCUGUUAUGAUGCUGCUCGUUGAGUGUCACAUCCCUCAUUUAGCUCCAUGUGGGGUUUAAAACAAUGGACGUGUCUAAACAUGUCACGAGUAACUCUCCAGACAUUACGUCUGGGCUCGUACAGGCCUGCUAGUUAGCAGACUGGUGUAACAAAGUGUGUCCUCAAUGGAGAGAAGCAGAGGAGAAGAAGCAGCCCCUGAGGAAGAGGAGGGUGUGGACGAGGUGAAGGUUGAAUGUAACCCAUCGAGGGCAACAUCCAAAGGUGGAGGUCCAGGCAUCUCUACAGCUGUUUUGGCUCGUAAGCUCUGGGAAGUUCAUGUGAACAGAGAUGAGGGGAAAUCAGAGAGGGAGACCGGACCGACGGUAUCGAGUGGUGUGAUGUCUGAAGGCCAAGCAGACGGGGACCCUCCAUCUGUGUCUCCCUCCAGCCCGACGAUAGACAGCCCUGAUCCCUCCAUGUCAAGCCUCUCGCUCUCCACGUGCUCCUUUUCUUCAACCUCCUCCUCUUCCUCCUUCGCUGCGUUGUCUUUGAGUCCACCGUUGCCUCCUUCUGUGGAGCUCUCCGCUGUGUUGGCUGAUACAAGGCUGACCCUGGAUGUGUACCAGGGAGGAGCAGCCGCUUUGCCGUUGCUGUGGGGGUCUGUCCCAGAGCUGCUGAGGGGCCUCAAGUACCUGAGGCUGGGCUCUGAGGACAAACCGGGGCUGGACGGUGCUCUGGACGUCCUACACAAUCUGACACAGCUGCGCUCACUGGCUAUCCGGGGGCACUGUUUUUACAACUCACGAGGCGACCCUCUGCCUGGCCUCCUCACCACUUUACCCACAUCCGUGUCCCUCCUAACUCACCUGGUGCAUCUAGAUCUCUCCUUCAACCAGCUCCCCCGUUUGCCGUCCUGCCUGCUCACCCUGCCUACGCUGUCCUCUCUACUCCUCUGCCACAACCUCCUCUCUGAUUUGCCUCCCGACAUCGACAAGCUGUGCUCCCUCACCUACCUCUCCCUCCUGGGGAACAAGCUGGAGAGUCUACCCUCGAGUCUGGGUCGACUGAAGGCGCUACAGACGCUGGACGUGUCGCACAACCUUCUCUGGCAACUACCUGAUGAAAUCGGUUCUCUGGAGGAGCUUGUCAGGCUUGAAUUGUCGCACAACAAGCUGAAGCAGCUACCGGACAGCAUGGGAUCUCUCCUUUCGCUCAGGGAGCUUGUCGUCUGCAGCAAUGACCUCCGCCUGAUCCCGCAUUGUCUGAACAAACUGCCUCAGCUUCAAAUAAAUGUCUGUGACAAUCCCUUGGGACGACCCCCAACGCCUCCACCCCUCCCUCCUACACCAGACAAAGCAGACACAAAGAUUCCCGAGUUGCAUCUUGGAUUUAAUCAGCACAGUUUCUGUGUUUCGUCUGCUGGGUGUCAUGUGUUUCUCCCAGGGGGGGCCGAGCUGGUGUUCCCCCCGAGGUGCCUGGUGACAACCACAAGACUGCAGUGGGCUGAGAAAAGGCCAGAAAGAAAACUGGUGUGGCUGGAGGAGCAUGACAUCCUGCUGAGUCGUCCGCUUGAACUUCGUCCUCACGGGGUGACGUUUCUAAAGCCCGUGGAGGUGUGUGUGCCAUAUCACCGGACGAAAAGAAGAGAGGUGGUGGUGCGGAGGUUUGACGGACAGGCAUGGAGCACUCUGCCCACUAUUCUGAAGAGAGGAAGCAAGAGCCAUAGCAGUCACCCUGGAGGACGCCCAGCCAGGCUGGCGUGCUGCUCAGUGAGACACUUUUCCUGGUUUAUGGCAGUGUCCCGUCCCGUGAAAGACAGUUGCUCCGUUACACCAGCUGGAGCUAUGCUGGUCUCCAGCUCUGAUCCUGGAAUCAAGCUCACCUUCCCUCCAGACUCCACAGUGCAGACUCGCACCAUAACCCUGCAGGUUUUGAAGGUGUCUCUGUCAGAGGUGCAGGUCCUGUGUGGUGAUCCUCAGGCCAGUGUCAGCCCCCUCGUUUGUCUCUCCCAGACUCCCAGCAUGCAUUUCCUGCAGCCAGUCAAAGUCCAGAUCCCUCUGCCAUCUGGAAUCACAGGCCACACCGUUGACAUGUCCUGCUUGCAUCUUCUCCAUGGAGACCCCACCGCCCAAACCUGGACCGACAUCACAACACAAGUGUCUCUCUAUGUUACUCAUUUGUAUGCCAUUUUCUACAUUACGCAUUUCUCCUGGUACUGGCUGUGGUACACCACGCAGCGCUGCGUCAGCGGAGUGGCCAGGAAGGUCUAUCAGAGGCUAAAACAGUUCAAAGUCCAGUUCCUCGUCCUGCAGCGGAAGACGGAUCCUUCACAAGUUCUGCUGCAGUGCUUACCCUCGAACAGGGUAGACGACAGAGUGCAGUCUCUGGCAGAGCAAUACGAUGGACCUCAGCCUUCGGACCUGUGCGACCUGCUUGAAGGAGAGCAGUUCUUCGCUGGCUUUGAGAGGGGCUUAGAUAUCAGCACAGACAGACCAGACUGUGAGGGGGGACGACUGUGCUUUGUGUUUUACUCCAGCCUAAAGAAUCUAAAGGAAGUAUAUAUCUGUCCAGCCCAGGGUCAGAAGGGACCAGUGAGGGGACAGGUGUCUUUUUAUAGAGGAGAGAUUCCCAGCAGUUUGCCGGAGGAAGUCGCCAGAAAGAGGAAAGGACUCGACAGCCAGUGGCUUGCGACUUUGCCACUAAGACUUCCUGCUCUGAACUCAGAGAACAGUUUCAUCAUGGAGGACACCCAGUACCCUCCUCUGAACCUGGGUGACCCUGAGAGUGGCUACUUGACCGAAGCCAACCUGCUGUCCAUCUCUCUUCAGAUAGGACACGACUGGCGUGUUAUUGGCAUCAAUCUGGGCCUGAGCUACCAAGAGCUCGACCGCAUCCAGUACAAGCACAGGGACAACCUGGGUGCCUUAGUGAUGGACAUGUUGUUUCUGUGGGCCCGGGGACAGAGGAACGAAGGACUCGGGGCCGUGUCGAGGCUGGUGGCUGCGAUGACCGAGAGCGGCAGGAAAGACCUGGCCGAUGAGAUCGAGGACAUUGUCAAUAUAGGAAGGAGAAAGUACUCAGAGUCACUGAGGAGAGUAGGGCUGGAGGCAGAGAGCUCCUCCCUCGGUGAAAUACAGCAAUAGAUGAGCCCACACUGGGUGCAGAUGGCUGACUUACACUUGAGUAACCUGUGUGUUUACAGUGGACCCCCCGUCGUCAUCUCAUCCUGCUGUCUAAACAACUGUCCCGGUGCAAAAAAAAAAAAAAAAAAGUCUGUCUUUGUCACAGCCAUGAUAGCAGCUGGUGGCACCUUUCACAAGAACUACAAAGGAGCAGGCAAAUGGAUGGACUGCAUGGUGGUGCCUGUGGUUUGGGCUCCUGCCACUUUUAAUUCUCUGUCCCAGUAUGCAAAGCAAACCUAUGGGAGCCCAUUUGUGCCAAGAAGAGAAAAGCAUGUACUAGUAGUAGUUGAAUAGUAAUCGAUGCAAAGGUAUGUAAUAACUGGAGUCAUUGUCUCACGUUUAAAAGUGUGUAGGAUUUAGUGGAAUCUAGCCAUGAUGUAGCACCUGACUGAAACCACCUCCCUCCCCCUUCCAACCAUGAGAUCCUAUGAUGCUGCUAAAUAUGCAAAAGGCCCCAUCUAGAGCUGGUGUGUACUCUCUGUCUGUUCUGCGUUACUAUAGAAACAAAGCAGUGCAACAUGGCAACGCUCCCCCUGCAAAUAUAAAAGGUUCAUUCUAACAUUUCCUAUUAUUAAGUGAUUUAUAGAUUAAUGACCAAAUAAUUAUGAAUAUUACACUUCUGCUAGUAAAACCCCUUUAAAUCCUAUACACGCUGGAUCUCUAACAACAAAGUCAUGUGUUUGACUUUCUCUCAUACAUUUGUGUUAUUUCUCCUUUAGUACAUCAUCAUUUCCUCCGUGUUUCAAAAACUGCCAAUACUGAUUGACUCAUAUCAUGCUUUUUUUUUUGUUUACUUUGUAUUAGUAUGUCAUUAAUCCAUCUUUUUCAUCUCUUACUUUGGUUGUAUUUAUUUAUUUAUUUAUUUUAAUUUUCUGGCAGUAAGGAGCUUCCAUCGAUUGUGCUGGUAUUUGUUCGGACAGAGCAAAAAAAAAAAAAAAACACAAAGGUGUGGGACCAUAUCUCUUUCCACAGCUGAUGACACUUCUUCCCUCCUCCUGAGUGCCUUUGUUCAGCAGCUGCACAAUCUCACUAACGUACCAGGAUUUUACAUUUUUGUACUUUUUAUGAAUCGCCACUAUUUUAAUGUGAUUAAACUUGUGGUGUAAAUGCA